AUGCCUUUGAUCAAUGAGAGACCAUAUACCGCGGACGACAUCCCAGACUAUCCGCAAUGUACGCCACAGUCGUUGAAGAUCAUCCAUGUCGGGGCCGGUGCGUCAGGGAUCCUGUUUGCGCACAAGGCGGAGAAGCAACUCAAGAACUACGAGUUGAUCUGCUACGAGAAGAAUGAUGCGGUCGGUGGGACGUGGUACGAGAACAGAUACCCCGGCUGCGCUUGCGACAUUCCCGCCCACACGUACACUUUCCCGUUUGAGCCGAACCCAGAAUGGAGCGGCUAUUACAGCUACAGCGACGAGAUUCAGUCGUAUAUGCUCAAUUUCGCAAAGAAGUACGGCGUGGAGAAGUACAUUCAGCUGAGCACGGAGGUCGUGGCCGCCACGUGGGACGAGACGCAGUCGAAAUGGACGGUCGACCUGAAGCGCAAAGACGGUGGCGCCUUCACGGACACGUGCGAUGUCCUUGUCAAUGGCACCGGCGUUGUCAACAAGUGGAAGUGGCCGGCCAUCGACGGCCUGCACGACUUCCAAGGUACGCUGGCCCAUUCCGCCAACUGGGAUCCGAGCAUCGACUGGAAGGGAAAGACGGUCGCCGUGAUCGGUACGGGCUCCAGUUCUGUCCAGAUGGUACCGAAGUUGCAGGAGACGGCCGCACACGUCACGGUCUUCAUACGCAACGAGACGUACAUUGCCACGCCGCUCGGCUCGGUGUCGAACAAGGAGGCCGACCCUGAAGCCCUCGAACCCCAAGCCGCAGGCAUUCACACGUACACGGAGAAGGAGAAGCAGAAGUUCCGCACCGACCCGGAGUACCUCCUCAACUACCGGCGUGAGGUCGAGCGCUCGAUCGUCAGCAUCUUCCGCAUGUUCCUGCGCGGGACCGAAACGAGCGCGAUGGCCAAGAAGUGGCUCCAGGACGAUAUGGAGAAGAAGCUGGGCGACCGUGAUGAUCUCAAGAAGCGCUUCAUCCCCAGCUGGAGCCCCGGAUGUCGAAGGCUGACUCCUGGCUCCGGGUACCUCGAGGCCCUGAUCAAAGACAACGUGACCUGCGUGUUUGACGACAUUGUCAAAGUCACCCGCCACGGCAUCGUCACCGCCGACGGCUCCGAGUACAAAUGCGACAUUCUCGCCUGUGCGACGGGCUUCCACGUCGCGUUUCUGCCGCACUUCCGCAUCACGGGCCUCGGCGGCCAAGUCAUGCAGGACCAGCAAUCGCCCAACGUGUACGCCUCGGUUGCCGCCCCGGGGUUUCCAAACUAUUUCGUCGUCAACGGCCCUCGGGGCAACUGGGGCCAGGGCUGCAUUCUGCCCAGCCAUGAAGUCCACGUCGGCUAUAUCCUGCAGUGUUGCCAGAAGAUGCAGGAGGAUGGCGUCCGGUGGAUGAUGCCCAAGCAGGACGUCACCACACAGAUGAACUUGUAUAUGGACGCGUGGCAUACGAAGCGCAGCGUCUGGGCCGAGGAUUGUAAGAGCUGGUAUAAAGACAACAAACCAAAUGGCCGCGUGUACAUCUGGCCCGGCAGCAUGAUGCACCACAUGAAAUACAUGAAACGGCCGCGCUUCGAGCACUACGAGAUGCAAUACCGCGAUCCGACCAACAUCUUUGCCUUUCUGGGCAAUGGGCUCACCAUCACCGAGGAGAAGUUCGGCCCCAAGGACUUGCCCGUGCCGUAUAUCCGCAAUGACGAGGACGAGGAGUGGGAUAUCGAGUAG